AUGUGUGCAUAUCUGGCUACGUCACGCCCUCCUCGCUGUAGUAGACAAAGGACAAACUCGCCUCUUAGCAUAAAUCCCGUGCCUACAGGAUGCUUCUGGGGGACAGCUCUAUCAUUCUUUAGUCCUUUACCGAGAAAUAAAUCCCCCCUAAAAAGCCUCUUGAGAUGAGCUAGAGCAGCACCGGAUUUUUGCUAGCUGGAUUUAACAUACUACAAUGAAGAUACUAGUUUUAACUGGAUUGUUCUCCCUUACCUCGAGUCUUUUCACAGCAGCUUCCAAAUCUUCCCCUAAUAGCUCUGCAAUUCAAACCGUGUCUCUUAUCAAGACUUUUCGUGGAAUUUCAGCAAGAGACUACGACUAUAUUCCCCCUUACGCUAUAGAAGGGGAGACGACGACUGUUCGUAUCAGAGAGCAAAAAUGCUCUUCAAAAAAGCCAAAUGACUCAACUUUAACAGAAGUUAACAACACAACGUUGGAGUACCUGACCAGUUCUCUCAGCACCAAGCUAAUACCCGCUGUCUACCUCAGUGCUGUUUUGUUAGGUGUGCCAUCUAAUGCCGUUAUCCUGUGGAUGCUGCUCUUCCGAAUUCGAUCCGUGUGUACUGCCAUCCUCUACACAAACUUAGCUGUUUCAGACCUGCUGUUCUGCAUCAUGUUGCCAUUCAAAAUAGCGUAUCACCUCAACGGAAACAACUGGAUUUUUGGCGAAAUGAUGUGUCGAACUACAACUGCCGUGUUCUACGGCAACAUGUACUGCUCCAUUCUGCUGCUCAUGUGCAUCAGCGUCAGCCGGUACGUGGCCAUCGUCCACCCGUUCACCUACAAGAGCCUGCCCAAGCGCGCCUACGCCAUCGCCGUCUGCACUACUGUGUGGACCAUCGUUUUCCUGUACAUGCUGCCGCUCUGCAUCAUGAAGCAGAGCUAUUACGUGAAACAACUGGACAUUUUCACCUGUCACGAUGUGCACAACGCCUGUGAAACUAUAUCAGCCUUCCAGUUCUACUACUACAUUUCUUUAGCUAUCUUUGGAUUUUUGAUACCUCUUGCAACUAUCAUUUUCUGCUACAUCUCAAUCAUUCAAACACUCAAGACUCACGAAUGGUUCUGGUAUGUUAAAGUCAGUCUUUUGAUCCUGACGAUCUUUGCUAUUUGCUUCGUACCAAGCAACAUUAUCCUUAUUGUCCAUCACAUCAACUACUACUAUUACAACACAGAUAGGUUGUAUUCUUUUUAUCUAAUUGCUUUAUGUCUUAGCAGCUUAAACAGUUGCCUUGAUCCAUUUCUUUACUUUCUGAUGUCCAAAAUCAGAAGUCAAUCCAAUAUUUAUCUAACAAUGGUUAAAGUUUCUAGGGAAAAAUGAAUUUAGAUCUAUAUUUAUUAUUGUUGAAAUUAUGAUUUUGUAUAGUGUUAACCCAGGUAGCAAUAAACCUCAGGUGCAACAAUCAGACUUAAAUAAAAACACGUUAAAAAACCCACGAUCCUCUCAGUAAAAUUUACUUCCUUCCAAGCACCAUAUGAGAGGCAUCUUCUGAAAUACACUUUGCCAACUCUGAAAUUCUAUGGGGCAUAUUACAAUAACUGGUGUACUUAGACUCAGGGAAGUAGCUAAGCACCUCCAUUUUCUUCUAAGCAGUUCGCCAUUACGGCCAUGGAGAAGAGAAUACCAACCGCCACAGCCUCUAAACACCGAAAGACAAAGCAAUGCUUGAACAGCACUUUCAGGCCCAUUCACAAUUUCCAAAUACUUCAGAUGAGCUCUCAACACAAAAUCACUGCAGGAGUGCCUAUGUGAAAACAGCCUUUUGACACCAGUGGAAAUGGGAACAAAUAAAAGCACUUUCUCCAUGUCCGGAGGCUGUAUAGCUUCGCAGAAGCUCCCUGUCUAUGCAUCGCUAGCAAAUAUUGCCCUGGAUGAUGAAAAUAAAGAAUCAGAGUCCCUUUAGCUUCCAAGGGCAGUAAAUCCACAGCCAUACGCAGAACCUGGUGCACUUCCAAGGAAGUAUCUUUCAUUAGGUAACUUAACCAGCUUUGCACUGGAGACUUGUUCUUCCACUUGGUCAGCUCCCGCACGCCUGCAGCCCACAAGCGCUGCUGGCGGCUAACCCUUAUCAGCAGGAAUCCAGGCAUGCUUUAUUCUUGCUCAGUAAGCACAACAGGGAAGUUAUUCUGUAGUAUUCCCUUGAUUUCCACAUCCUCACAGGAAAUACCUACAGUGUUACAAAUACUGAGGGCAGUUAUGAUUAAUUGUCCACAUUAAUAGAGCAAAGAGUUAGCUCACACAUUUACAGAAACUCAGAAUCUACAUAUCCCGAGUGCAAGCUCCUACAAAAUGAACUUGAUGGCUGGUGUUCAUAUUUGUAACUGCAGUGUACAAGGCAGUAAUGAGAAAAAGGGAGUCUCAUAUAGCAUUCUAAGAAGCAUUACUUAAAAAUAAAAUCAUUUGCACUGGAAAACAAAGUGUCUCCAAGAAACUGGAGACUGGCAAGGCUCCUGGCUCCUAACUUCAAGCCUUAAUCUUGCCAUUUUCGCAAAAUGCACAAGAACAAAUAUUUAAAGUUAUCUUUAAACCAGAUGUUACACAAUUAUUGCAAACAUCACAAAAAUGCCAGUUUGACUGUAAAAGCCAAUGACCUGUGUGUCUAUCAUUAAAAAUAAAGCAACAUGGGAAUCA